CGCGUUGAGAUUGCAGGGGCCGUCUUUCGGGCAUGCAUAUUCAUGCUCUCGCCUCUAACCCUCAUACUAGCGAAAAGGAAACUUGUCGGAGGCAGGAAAAGACUGAGCAAACAUGGAGAAAACUAUUAAGGAUCGCCUGAUUGACGUGUUUGAUGAUCUGGGGGAGGCUAACCAAAAGAAAUUUAAAAACAAAUUGUGCGAUCGACAGAAAGAACCGCGCGUCCGCCGAAGUGCGACCGAAAAGGCUGCAGACUCGAUAGAUCUCGCAGAUCUAAUGGUGACCACUUUCACGUCGAAAGACGCGGUUUCUGUAUCACUCGAAAUUUUAGAGGCAAUUGGCUGUAGAGAACAAGCAGCGGAACUCAGAGAGGUCACCAGCUCUCCAAUGGGCCAACAUUCUGAGGUAGACUCAAAGUCACAGGGUGUUCUUAUGCCUGUGGGGACGCUCUCAAAGAUACCUGCAGAGAGUGCGCUGUAUAUGUCAGAUGAUUGGCAGAAACCAUUUGCUGUUACUCGAUGCAGCCAAGAAUUUAGAGACAGAAUUCUUAGAGAAAAGGGAGAGGAGAUUUACAAACCAGCAGACAAGUCUGUGAGAAAACGGCUUGCCCUGCUGAUUAACAACACAGAAUUUGACAGUAAGGGAAUGAACAGGAGAGGGGCGGAGAAAGACGAAGUGAACAUGGAGUGGCUGUUAAACCAGCUGGAUUAUCAAGUAGUGAAACACAGAAAUCUGUCUGGAAAGGAAAUGGAUCAUGCAGUCAAAAGCUUUGCUGGACGGAAGGAACAUUUAUGUUCAGACAGCACCUUUGUGGUUAUAAUGUCCCACGGCAAAAUGGGUGCCAUAUUAGGUGUCCAUUACGAUAAUACAAAGAACCCGUCUGAUAUAUUCCCCGUCGAUAAUAUCUUCUCCCAUCUGAAUGCAGAGAAUUGUGCAGCACUGCGUGAUAAACCAAAGGUUAUUCUUAUUCAAGCCUGCAGAGGAGGUAAACACGGGCGUUUGUGGGUCAAUGAUAGUGAGCAUGAGGAGCCUGUGGAAAUAGAGGAGGAUGAUUGGGUGCACACAGAGAAGGACUUCAUCCCCCUGAUGUCCUGCACCCCUGACACCAAAUCUUAUAGGCAUGUUGUGUGUGGGACAUUUUAUGUCCAGUGCUUAGUGGAUGUGUUCAGCAAAUGUGCACAUGAGGAUCACAUUGAGGAAUUGUUCAGGAAGGUUAUGAGAUGCUUUGAAAAUGUCCCACAUAUGACAGGGAACUUCAGACAGAUGGUAUGUAAAGACAGGGCAACGCUGGCAAAGCUUUUCUACCUGUUCCCUGGACUCUGAAAUCGAAGUCUCACAUGCUCUCAACUCCUCACCUGUGAAUUUAGCAGAUCAUCUCCUGUCAUCACAUUUACUGUCAAUACAUCCGAAAUAUUUCUUGAUAUUUCUGUAGGCCUCUUGAUAUUUCUUUCAAAACAAGAAAAAACCCUUAACACUUGUAUAAGUUGCUUGUUAUUCACUCUCCUCAGAUCAAGCUGAAGUAAGUAGCUGAAGAGAGUAUGUUGUUUUCUCUCUCUAAACAUAUUAUCCCAAGAGUUCAGUUUGGUUCCAUAAUACCAACUUUGCUGUUGAAAGCAAAUUCCCUAAAUACUGUAUUUACAAAUGUGCUGUGCUGUGGGCUUCUGACUUGACUCAAAUAUUAGAAUACCUGAUACUGACUUAAGUCAUUUUUUGUCCUAUCAGACAGGAAUAGUGUGCAGCAAUUUCUUUUAACAUUCAAAAUGCAAAAACAUAUAAUGUUGUUCACAAAUUAAUUGUUAACAAGCUGUCUUGGACUUUUUAUUAUUUAAAAAUCAGUUGUCAUAUUACUGAUUUGUGCCAUUUAUCCUAUUCGUCUUAUGUGGUCAUUUUAAAGUCAAUCAGAUCGCAUAUGUUCACAAGUAUGGAAGACAUUUUUAUGUUUUUGAAAGGCAGUGAUACUUCUGUUCAUUGACGUAGCCUUUCAAUUGAGCAUAACUGUUUUAUAAUUCAAUCUAUACCAGUAAUGGUAUAGAUCAAUUUAUUAAAUGGGAACAGCUUGACUGAAAGGUCUGUGAGAACUGCCGUGCAAGCCAGUCAUACCUAUGACAAAUGGGGCAGAAGAUGACUGUUCACCUGAAUACUUUAAUAAACUGACAACUAAUGCCUAAGUUCUGCAAAUCUGCUGUCAUAUCUGCAAGGACUUUCUGCAAAAAGAAUAAAACAUUUAUUUGACACAAAAAUAGAAAUGUACUAUUUAGAACACUUACUAUUUAAAUUUUGUGAAUCAUUUUUUACUGUAUGUUUUUAAUUUAUUUAGGGCAACCUAGAUGAAUAAAAAUGUCAAUUUAUUAAAAAAUUCAAGUAAUUCCAUGCUUUUAAAUUGUAGUGUACAUUUAAGGCUAUGUUUUUCAUUUAUUGUUAGAUUAGUCGCAUGUACUGUAUACCGCCUUAUGCAUUUUGUAUUACCCGCCCAGGUAUACAAUGAGUACAGUAUGUUGUCUUUUAUCUAUUCUUUCUUUCUUUGACAGAGAAAGCAUUGUCUAGGUAUUCGGGAAUGUUUGUUCGAAUCCAAGUAUUCAAUUCAAGUAUAUUGUAAUUCCUUUGCAAAUACAUUUCCAUUAAAUUUC